AUGGCUAACACUGAGGGACAGACGAUUACAUGCACUGCUGCUGUGGCGUACGCCGCUGGGAAACCGUUGACGGUGGAGCAGAUUACCGUGGAGGCACCGACGGGCGCACGAGGUGCGUAUCAAGAUCACCAACACUGCUAUUUGCCACACGGAUGCGUACACUCUGUCUGGUUUGGAUCCGAGGUAAGGUGCGUUUCCUUGUGUUUUGGGGCACGAGGGGCCGGGGUUGUUGAGUCUGUGGGUCCCGAUGUGACCAGCGUGAAAGUCGGGGACCACGUCAUUGCUCUGUACACUGCUGAGUGUAAGGAGUGUAAGAUGUGUAAAUCUGGUAAGACUAACCUUUGUAGCGCUGUGAGGGCUACGCAGGGGAAGGGUGUCAUGCCCGACGGGACUUCGCGGUUUCGUAACUCUAAGGGCGAACCUUUGUUGCAUUUCAUGGGGUGUUCUACGUUCGCUGAAUACACUGUGGUUGCGGAUGUCUCUGUUGUGGCCAUUGAUCGUGAUGCUCCGCUAGAGAAAGUGUGUCUUUUGGGGUGCGGUGUCACCACUGGGUACGGUGCUGCUCUGAAGACUGCCAACGUCCAAAAGGGCGACACUGUCGCUGUCUUUGGUGCUGGUACCAUUGGACUGUCAGUGGUGCAAGGUGCCAAAGCGAGAGAAGCGUCAAAGAUUAUCGUUGUUGAUAUCAAUGACACAAAGAAGAAAUUCGCAUUCGAUUUCGGUGCCACUGACUUCGUCAACCCAAAGACAGAUUUGAAGGACGGUCAAACCAUUGUGGAGAAGCUGGUGGAAAUGACCGAUGGUGGUCUGGACUUUACCUUCGAUGGGACCGGUAACGUCCAGGUCAUGAGAGAUGCAUUAGAGGCUUGCCAUAAAGGUUGGGGGCAAUCCAUUAUCAUCGGUGUUGCCGCAGCAGGGAAGGAAAUCUCCACAAGACCAUUCCAACUUGUCACCGGUAGAGUGUGGAAGGGUUCCGCGUUUGGUGGCGUCAAGGGUAGAUCCGAGAUGGGCAGUUUGAUUGAAGAUUACAACAAGGGCAAUCUCAAGAUCGAUGAGUUCAUUACAAAUAAGAGACCUUUUAAGGAAAUCAACGAAGGUUUUGAAGACCUUCAUCAUGGUGAUUGUCUAAGAACUGUUCUUAACUAUUAG